CCCAUGACAACGUGUAGGAGAAAAACGGUACAAGGUUUUGAAAAGCUGAAAAGCUGCAACCAGGUCUGCUGCAAGUCUUUUGGGACGUGUCUUGAGAUAUGAGCCUCUAGGGACGCGACAGGAAGCAGCGGGACGUCUACUUACACAAACAAAGCUCCACCACGUAAGCGUAGUAGGACCAGCAGACGACAAGGGCGAUAAAAAUCACAGGGAUCCAGGCUAAACCCCGUUGACAGCAUCUCAGUACGUGUGUGGGCGCCAUCUUUCUUCCUCUGCUAGGGGACCAGGGAGUGUUCGACGUGAAGACGUAGCCACGUCACUGUCCACAGUUAUUGCAGCCAUCUACAAGGACUUUUCUGCUGACAAGCUUUCUAGAGAUGCUGAUUUCAAUUUCCAGCAAGACUUUGUACCUGUCCUCACUGCCGAAGGUACCAAAAGCUGGGUCAGUAACCAUGGUGUUACUGUGCUUGACUGGCCAGCAAACCCGCCUGACCUGAACCCCAAAGAUAUUCUAUAUUGUCAAGAGGAAGAUAAGAGACACCGGACCCAACAAUGCAGAUGACCUAAAGGUCGCUACCAAAACAACCUGGGCUUCAAUUACACCUCAGCAGUGCCUCGCCCCCAUGCCACGCCGCACUGAUGCACUAAUUCAUGCAAAAGAAGGACUGACCGAGAACUGAAUGCAUAGAAAUAAACAUAUUAUCCAGAAGCCUGACAUUUUUAUCUAAAAUAUCCUUUUUAUUGAUCUUAUGUCAUAUUUGAAUUUUUGGAAACACUGAAUUUUGGGUUUUCAUUAUUUGUCAACCAUAAUUAUUACAAGACAUAAAGGCUUGAAAUAUUUCACCCUAUGUGAGUUUCACUUUUUGAAAUGAGUGAGAAAAAAUAUUGAACUUUUUAAGAUUUUCUCGUUUUUUUUUUUUUUAUAUGCCUGUACUGAAGUUCAAGUAAAAGCCAGGCUAAGCAGGGCUAAAAUAAGACAAGUUAACAAAGAAAAAAAAAAACAUCAACACUCUCAGGUCUUCAGGAAGGCUGCUCCAAAGGUGAGAUCCUUGAUUAAUGAAGCUCAACAGUGAGGUUUAGUUUUAACUUUGGUAAAUUAUGCAAAUAAGGUGGCAUUAUGUACAUGAAGCUAUCUUCUUUAUUACAGGCAUAUUAUAUUAUGUACUUUGACCCGGUUCGUCAACGCGUUCCUGCCGGAAGCAAAACUUGUUCGAUCUGUUCAGUUUCUCUCCUGGACUCGUUUUUUUUUUUUUUUUUUUAAGCAUAACCUGGAAGGAAAAGUGAAAGUAACGCGACGUGAGACCGAAACAAGGAUUAAAGGAAAAAAAUGUCUUCCGUGAAGAUGGAAGUGGAUCGGUACUUGUCGCGGAUCGGGUUUGCAGGUCCAUCAGAUGUGCCCAGUCUGGAGCUGCUUGGCUCGGUCCACACCUGUCACCUGCUUUCGGUGCCAUUUGAAGACCUGACUGUGCACAGCGGCGGACGGGUCCAACUGGACCUUCCUGUCCUCUACGACAAGAUCGUGAACCAGCGCAGAGGUGGCUUUUGCUUUGAGAAUAACUCGCUGUUCUACUGGCUGCUGACCCAGCUGGGCUUCCGGGUCACUGUGCUCUCAGGUCAGGUGAAGAACUCGUUCACUACUCGCUACGGGCCCCCGUUUGACCAUUUGAUCUUAAUGGUCAGCCUGGAAGGGAAACGAUGGUUGUGUGAUGUCGGUUUCGGGGUUCCUGGUUUUAGUGUCCCGCUGUCGUUGGAGACUUGUGGUCCUCAGGAGCAGGGACACCGAGUUUACCGUCUCAGAAGGAAGGCGGACAUCCACUUUCUGGAGUGGCAAAAGGAGGAAAACAGAGGUGAAGAUGGAGACUGGACGGCGAUCUACAAGUUCACCCUGGAACCUCGGCGUCUGGAGGACUUCACUGAGAUGUGCCAGUAUCACCAGAGUUCCCCUAGCUCCAUCUUCUUCUGUAAGUCGCUCUGCACAGUGUUAAAACAGGACGGGAGGGUGACUUUCAUUGGUCGGAGGCUGACUUCCACCACAUUUCCAUCAGAAGCGACAGGAGGCGUGCUGGAAACCACAACCAGAGAACUUGAAGAUGAAGAAAUCCCUGCUGUUCUGGCAGAAAACUUUGGAAUUGUGCUUCCAUCUCCACUUAUUCCAAAGGAUGACACAAUUACUCCACCCCCAGAUAUAUACUGAUUUAUCUCCAUUAUAUAUGAAUUCUAUAACUAUGAAGACAAAAUCUAAAACAAAUCUGAAAAAAAAAAAAACAACUAAUCUGCAGAAAUGAACCCAUCAUUGCUCCCAUUUUAUCCCGUUGAAGCCUUGCCUGACAAUGGUUUGUUUUCCUUAAAGGACUUUACUGCAAAAAAAGAGAAAUGUGCGGCAGAGUUAUCGAUAGAGGUAGUAUUUUGAAUUAACCACAAAAUGACAUUAUACCCAUUUAUGCAUCAAAGUAUGUUCUGUUUAUCAGAGUUUUAUUAACCUAAAAAAGUGUAUCAAGGUACAGACUGUUUAGUGGUUUAUGGAACAAACUGGAGGAGGUUCAUUUAAUAAUUAGCAAUCAUAAAAAUUAAAUAGAUUUGAUCUUUCAGUAUUUGACCUGCCAGUCACCGAUCAGAUACCUGAGAUACCUGCUCUCUCUGAGGGGAAAAUUGGCCUAUUGUGAUUUCUACUAUUCUAUUCAAAUUUAUACUUUUAAAUGCAAUAAGGUUUUACAUUUUUCUAAUUUAAUUAUGAUUAUUUAUAAAAUCAUCCUUCCUAAUUUUAACACAAAUGUCCCACUUUGCUGAACAACCACUCAAUAACGGAUUUUUGUUGAAAAUAUGCAACAGAAAACAAACUGUCACUUUGAUUUAAUAAAUUAUACAUACAGGUUUUAA